AUGGCCACCCACCUCGCCGCCGUCUGCGUCGGAAAGGGUAGGCCCUUCGAGGUCCAAACUCGCCCCACGCCGAGACCCGGCCCAGAUGAGAUUCUCAUAGAAGUCAAAUCUGUAGCCUUCAAUCCAGCUGAUGGCCAAAUGCGUGAUAGCGGGCUCUUCAUACCCAACUACCCCACAGUCAUCGGCUUUGAUGUCUCGGGUCUAGUUCUCGAGGUUGGCGAAAACGUCCCCAUCAAGGCCAAAAAUGGAGACCCGGGCCCUUUUUUCCAACCGGGAAUUACCCGUGUCGCCGCCUUUGCUGCCUCAUUCUGGAGAGCCUGUGACCCUGGCUACGGCGCCUUUCAAGAACGGUGUCUCGUCCCCUGGCAGCAUGCUGUGCCUCUUCCGGAUACGGGGAUUUCUUGGAAUGAAGCGGCAACUCUGCCAGUCGCCGUUGAAGUACCGCUUAACGCGUGGAAUAUUAUGGGUAUUCCACGAGUUGGAGAAGUGAAUGCUUCUUCUAUUUCUACUGCCUCGAUCGGUGCCGAUACUAGUGGAGAAACUCAGGGAAUUGAAAAGCGAAAGAGAGAAGCCCUUUUAAUUUGGGGUGCUUCCUCAAGUGUAGGCACGAUGGGCGUUCAAACUGCCCGCCUGUUACGGGAAGAUCGCGACUCUUCUUUCACCGCCGUGUACGCCACCGCGGGUGCCGCGAACCAGAAGUAUAUAGAAUCUCUAGGCGCUGAUCGAGUCUUUAAUUACAAGGAGCCGCAAGUUGUGGAUUCAAUCAUUACAAUGGCGAGAGAGGAUGGCCUAGUGAUUCGGCACUGUUUUCUUGCUACUGGGGAGCUGGCGCCCUGCCAGGCUGUGCUUAAGGCUUUCCUCGGUCAUGGUGAAGAGGGAGAGAACCAGAAGGCGAAGAUUGGAUCAGCCCCCGUUGUUUCCCCCGAUGCGGCAGAGGUGCAUGGAAUCGAAACUAUCUUUGUGCUGCCGUCAAUGGAUGAAGAGGAGAGGUUGGCUCAAUUCCAAUAUUGGCUAGGGACGUGGCUGAGGGAGAAGUUGGCCAACGGUACUAUCAGACCGAGUCCGGAGCCGAGGGUCGUGGGAAAGGGAGUGGGGGCUAUCAAUGCUGGGUUAGAUAUGUUGCUUCGCGGAGUGAGUUGUACGAAGUUGGUUGUUGAAGUUGCGGAAUGA